UGGAAUUUUCUCCAAUAAAAAUUCUUUUGAAUUAUGGUAGUCAAUGAUCGCCCAAGCCUUCUGCUACGUCAACCCACUCUCGCCUGUGCUGUGCAAUGUGGAUAAGCCAUAGACCAUCCUAACCUCCAAGUUGAAACUAACGGUCAUAAAAAAAAUAGAGAAAGAUCGAAGUUUGUGUGCCUGGUUUUGGUCAUAUUUUUGUCUUCAUUUCAAAUUUAAAAUCGAAACCCUUCCCAGAGCUCACAUGGCGAAGCUUACUCCUUCACCUUCUCCCGUGACAUAAUUCUUUUGAAGCCUUCGAUGGAGGCAAGGAGACUCGCCAUUUUGUGUUCCCAUCUUCGCCCCAUCGGGUUGAGUCCCGAUUAUAGUUCGUCUCACCGUUUGCGGGUUUCGGGUUUGCCUUGUACUUCUUCCUCUUCUGAUCGGGAAAAUCGAUUGCGUGAUACGCAGAAAGAGAAGUUGCAGGAUGAUUGCAUUUUCUGUAAGAUUGUCCGUGGCGAAUCACCCGCUUUCAAGCUGUUUGAAGAUGACUUUUGCGUAUGUAUACUGGACACGAAUCCGCUGAGUCACGGGCACUCUCUCAUAAUCCCCAAAUCUCAUUUUCCGUCAUUAGAUGCUACCCCUUCAUCAGUUGUAGCUGCAAUGUGUUCAAAAGUUCCAUUCCUUAGCAAUGCCAUUAAAAAAGCUACUGGCUGUGAUUCAUUCAACUUGUUGGUAAACAAUGGGAGAGCUGCCGGGCAAGUUAUAUUUCAUACUCAUAUCCAUAUAAUUCCUCGCAAAGCAUAUGAUUGCUUGUGGACGUCUGAGAGUUUGAAGAGGCGUCCCCUGGACUUAGAUGGAGAAGCUUCUCAGUUAGUUGCUCGGGUCCAAGAACAGUUGUUGCCAUCAGAAGACAUCUGUCAUGAUAGCAAAAAUCCAGAUUUUUGUCCGAGUAAAGAUUAGUUGUAUCACUGAGCUGUUGUAACUUGUAACUUCCAAUUUGUCUACAUAUUUGAUUUUUUGUACAGUCAAUCAUAUUUUAUAUAUAAAAAUAGUUUUGAUGAAGGGAAUCUUUAAGUUGAUUAUUAUGUGCUACAAUUAUGCUUGGAUUGAAAAUUUGUGCUUUCCUCUGAAGAUAAAUAGAUUGUCAAUCCGCUUGGCUUUUAAAGAUUUAUAUCUUGAAUUGAAAUUUGAGGAAAUUGGUUGUA